CCACUUCAUGUCAGUGAACCAAAGUGACAGCGGAAGCGAAAUCGAAAUCAUCACUCCAAGUAAACCUCAAGUUCGAACAUCACCAGAAACAAAGCGACAGAUGAAUCCACCACGACGCUCCUCUCGUUUGAGUACACCUCGCUUAUCAGUCACUCCAGCGGCUUCUCCAAGCCCUUUGAACAAGGAAACCGAGAGUCCUAGGGUGACUCCUCGUACUACCCGUACAUCUACUAAGGCGGCAGUACGGCCACCUUCCUCGAACAGCAGUUUGAAAAGUACAUCUAGCUCAACUAGAGGUUCGAAAAAGUCAAUACCAGCAUCUCGUCCAUCUUCUAAACUGAAUGCUGCUCCACCCGAUAAACGUGUCUCAUCUUUAAGGCAAUCUAAAAGGCGUAAAACUUUGGGAACUCCUAUCGAUCAAUCCGAGGAGACGGACACGAUUAAUUCUCAAUCCACUUCAUCUACAACUGCUCCCGAUGAAUCGACUAUACCUUCCGGAUCACAAGAAAUUCCACCUUUGAAAAUAUCACAGGAAUCUCACCCUUCGCCAAAUAUCUUGGAGGCUUCGGAACCGCAAGAUCGCUCAGCUAUGUCAGAGCCUCAACCAGCUGACGUCUCUGUCACAGACCCCCAAGAAGCCACCGAAAUUGCAAAUCCGCUUGAAGAACUUGCUAUACCAAUGCACUCCAGCUGUAAACACACUCCGGAACCCGAUCCACCCAGAUCUCGUUCAACGAGCAUCGAAAUUCUUGACUCAAAGAAAUCACAAUCGGACCUAACUCCGCAUGAAGCAGAGUCGGUUCCCUUUCCAGCUUUGGAACCACUACCCAAUGCUCAACUCGCGACCUCCCCAGUAGCCACACCAAUCGAACCAGCAACGUUAUCAGCAACAUCGACAGAACCCGCCCCGGUAUCAGCAACAGCCACUGAACCCCCACCGAUAUCAACGUCUAUCCAACCCGCACCGAUAACGGCAACAUUGGACGAACCCGCGCCAGUUUCAGGUUCCACGAUCGCACUAGGCCAUGUGGAUCAGGAUCGCGCCGACAAAGUUACUGAAGAUCCCAUGGCAAACAAAAACAGACAGACAAGUCCCAAAAUUAUGGCUGAAGCGUCACAGGAUCAGAUACCAGCAGUUCGUGCACCAGCAGCGGGAGGUAAUUUUUGUAAUCUAUCAUCACGGAACCCAGUACAAUUUGUUUCCAAAACUCUUGGUCUUACAGCUGGUGAUCGUCGAUCUGCUUCAGCUGUUGCGCCUUCGUCUGGUGUACCUGAGAAUCAUUCACCAGAAAGGUCUACAAAUGUAAUUUAUUUGAGUGAUGAAGAUAGUGAUAAGGCUGGAACUUCAAGUUCUUCUUCAGAUGGUCAUACUCGAAGAAAAAAAAGGAAAUCUCCAAGUGUAAAGUUACCGGAUUGGACUAUGAACAAAGUGCUAGACAGUUCUUCUUCAGAUGAAGAACUAUUUAAGAAGAAGAAGAAGGGAAAAGCUAGAGCAUCAAGUUUGAGCUCGGACGAUUCAAAUGAUUCCGACCAACCCGAACCAUCAAAGCCCACCCUAGCGAAAUCAGUUCAAGAGAAACGUGCCGUAAGAGCACCCACACCGCCACCAACGAUGAAUCCGCAUCUCAUGAGCCUGAACCUGCACACUCUACGCUGCCAGUUGGCUGUACGUUCAAGCUCUUCAGCUGCUCACUCUAUACUACAAGCCCAAGAUGAUCCUACAGAAGCAUAUGGCACAUUAGAUGAUCUUGAUGAAAGUUCUCUUGAUCCAGCAUUGGCCCAAGUGAGAAGACAAGUAAUGACUGCAAACAAAGGAACUCCUCAAGCCAAACAUCAUGAGCCCGGAACUCAAUUACAAUGGUCAGGUCAUGAUAUUCAAUUGAGUGUGGGGAUGGUUUUCGAUCCUAGAAAGAUUGCUACAAGUGAUCCCACGGAGAUUGAAAUGUAUGAGGAAGUCUUUGAUAUCUCAAUCAGCACGCGAGAACCAUUUUCAAAGGUCUACGAACAUCUAUAUGCGAUGAAUCCACAGUUUCCACCAGAUUCAAUCAUCUUAGCACGUGACAAUAUCAAAUUAUCACCAUGGGUAACUCCUCAUUCGGUUGAUAUGAUGACAGAUACCGCUCUCAAGGCUUAUGAGACUGAUGUAUGGCAAUUCAUCAAGACUAAUCCUGUUCGAUCCAACCGGCGUGAUGAUGACCACACCAACAACGAUGAACCUACGACUAGUGAUAGCAUUGAAGACCGGCAACCAGAAGCCCAUACUAGCGCGAAUCCUUCUGUAAACUCUAACAACAAAAAAGACGAAAUAGGUAGUAAUCAUAUCAAGCUAACAGUACGUAAUGGGAAUAAGAACGGCUUAGAGAUGAUAGUCAAACCUACAACGACUGCUAGUUCAAUCAUACGACAAUUUUUAAAAGAAAUGGCAGAUGGAAAGAUCACAGAAGAUGAAAUUAAAUCUCAAUUAGAAAAAUGUAAACUUGAAUUUGAUGGUGAAACAUUAGAAUUGACUACUAAAGUUCAAGAUACUGAUAUUGAAGAUGGUGAAGUACUUGAUUUAGUCUUUACUUAGGUAAAAAAAACCUCUUUUUGGAUCUUGAUCAUAUUGGGACUUUGGUUAUAUAUAUAUUAGAAUUAUAGUCUCAUGAUCUAAUUUGUGUUUUUCAUUUGAGAUGUGUUGUAAUACAAUGAUUUCAAAGUAUACAUACAGUUAUUCUUGAUUGUUACAUUUUUUUAUGAAUCAUUUAUUUCUCUCAAGUUUGUUUUUGUUAUUAUUUUGGGUUUUAUAUCUUGUGGGUUAUCAUCAUAAUAGGUUUGAUAUUAGAUCUGGAUUUGAUACAAAAGGAAUCAAGAAAAAAUGGUUGUACUGC